CUGAAAUUAAUGGAUGAUUUCUUUCACACCCAAAACAAAAAACAUGUACACCCACCCAAACACGUCAAAAAGAGGCUAAACCCCGACCAAGUGAGGCUCCUGGAGACAAGCUUCGCCGCCAACAACAAACUAGACGCCGAGCUCAAGCUUCGGCUUGCAAAACAACUCGGUAUCCCCCCGAGACAGGUUGCUGUUUGGUUCCAAAACAAGCGAGCUCGGCGUAAGACGCAGAGCCUUGAGCAGCAGCUAGAAAAUGCGUUGGUUGAAAAGAGGAGGCUCGAGAAAGACGUGGAGCGGCUUCAAGGAGAGCUGGAGAAAGCUCAAGAAAUGGCGGCUCUUGCUUUAAUGAAACAAACAGGCCCUCAAAUUUGUUGUAAUAUUUCUGGUUCUUUUGAUGAGAAUGGCGGGUUUUUGCCAAUCGAUGGGGAACUAUUUGCUUCUUUGAUUGGUGAAUAA